AUGCUAAAGCAAUACUUAAGUACGUUAUUAUUUAUGUUCAUUGUAAUAUACGCGAUAGUCAUUGGCAAAAGAGACGUUCUGAGCGAUCUCAUUGAAGAAAGUGUUCAAGUUGACGAUUGGUUGGACCAAAAUGAUCUAGGAGAUUACAAGAAAUUAUUCAGAGAUUAUGGUAUAUCUACACUUUCGGGUUGCGCCUCUCCUGAACAUCUGGACAGACUUCCGGAGCUGCCCGCUGCAGAAGAAAAACGCCUCCGCCGUGCUGCACAAGUGCUGCAGCAAAAGUUGGUGCUGCGACAAUGGCUGGCGACGCGCUCAUUGCAACAUGUUUAUACAAAACUUCUCAGCCUGGAUGUAUCCUCUCUGGAGGAUGUAUACUGGCUGGAAGACUCGCCGGCGCGUCACGUAAUAGACCCGAAGGACUUCAACGCGUGGUCUCUCGCACGUCAGAGCCUCCCCACGGGUAAGGAAGAGCUGCAAGCGCUGAAGAACGACCUCUGGAACACCGUAGUAAAGAACAGCAAGCAUCAGGACGCGUGGACAUGGGGUGGUAUGUUGAUCGUGUCUGUGUCCGUCUGUGGACUGGUGACCCUAGCCGCUAUGACCCAACCCUCGUUGGCUCCCGAGGCCAAACACUCUCUCCUGCAAUACGUCACAGGGAAAUACUUGCAUCCCCCUAGUUGUAAGGUGGAGUGGGGCUGGGAGGAGCCGCAGCCGGUGGGGGACACCGUGAGUUUCACCGUUUUCUGCUACCAGAGGAACGGACAUCCGUACCCAAUCUGCGAUACUGACGACCUCGCAGUGCAUAUUUCUCAUGGAACUAGAAAGAUAACAGCAGUGGUGGAGCUAGGGUCCGGUCAGCCGUCGCUCGCGCACACUGCGCGAGUCAAAUUCACAGUCCGAACUGCCGGUGUUUAUAUUAUUUCUGUUACGAUAGGCGGAGUGGUGGCAGCUGGAGGUCCGUUCCGUAAGUGGUUUAUAGCGGGAGGCGUGGCCGCGAGACGGUCGCGCGUCGGGCGAGACCCGGCGGCUCUCGUUUGCGCCGCGGGUCGUGCUCGCGUCUUGCAUGUCCACCCAAGAGAUCACUACGAUAACAUCGCCACUCUCGCCACUGACGAUGCUAAGAGUUUCUCCAUCGAAAUAUCUCCGGUGGGAGGGGAGGUAGACAAAUCGUUAUCGACGGCUGCUCAGUUCGAGUAUGACAGCGUGAACCAGCGCGUCAGCGUGUCGCUGUGCUUCCCCGAAGCGGGGGUAUUCAAGGCUGCUAUUUACUAUGAUGGCGUACUUUUGCACAAUGGCCAGUUUGACUGCAUCGUUCUGACCCCGAGCGAUGCAGCGACGGUGCAGCGAGCGUUGUCGUCAAAACGCGCAACUGUGUCUUACGAAGCGCGUCUGCUCUCGCCGGGGAAACAGCGGCGGGUUCUCUGCUGUCUCAGUCCUAAGCAACUCAUCAUCAAGGACUACAUUCUCAAGAUCAUUCCUAAACGGAUCACGUCGUUUAGGGUCUGCCCCUCAACGAAGUUGAUAGUGAGUCCGCGUGCUGAAGACGAGCCGUGCCCGGGUGGUGAACUGGUCUUAGAAGACGGCAUGCAGCCACCUCUGCGGUUGCAUUGUGCAUCUCGGGACCUUCUCGCAGCGACCUUCACUCGUCUUCUCAUCGCCAAUUGCGGCGGAGAAGACAGCUUUAAGAACAAACAAGAGUUCUUCUAUAGUGAGAUGCGUACUGCGCAUGCCCGGUAUCCGCACGACAAAAUUGCAUUGCGUGUACGCCGAGAUGAUCUAGUCAGGUCAAGUCUCAAAGCUACGAAGCAUUUCACGCUUGCUGAUUGGUGCAAGAAUUUCGACGUCGCUUUUCACGGCGAGCAAGGUGUGGACUGGGGUGGAGUACGGCGAGAAUGGUUCUCGCUGUUGUGCGGUCAGCUGUUCGAUGCGCGUUUCGGCCUGUUCGUGUCCUACACAGAAUCCGCGGCGGGCUUAGUGCACCCUAAUCCAGAUCGUCCACCUCAUCUUAAGCUGAAACACUUCGAGCUGGCUGGCAAGAUUGUAGGCAAGUGUUUGUAUGAGAGUGCGUUGGGCGGGUCCUACCGUCAGUUAGUGCGGGCGCGUUUAGCACGCUCGUUCCUCGCUCACAUUAUUGGUCUGCGCGUUCAUUAUAAGUUUUUUCAGUAUUUUGAGCAAGACGACCCCGAAUUGUACCUCUCCAAGAUCAAGUAUAUUCUGGAGACCGACCUGGAUGCACCUGACUCGUCUCCGGAGAUCUAUUUUGCGGACGACGUCUACGAUUCAGCUGGACGCUUGGUGGAGACAAAGGAGCUGGUUCCCAACGGUGCUUUUAUACGGGUAACCAACAGCAGUAAGAUAGCAUAUUUAGAUGCGCUAGCGCAGUGGAGGCUGGCUGGAAGGUGGCGCGCUGAGAGUGACGCAUUUCUUCGAGGUUUAACUUUAUUGGUUCCUGAUAAUCUGCUGGCAAUAUUUGAUGAAAACGAACUUGAGUUGCUGAUGUGUGGCACGGGAGAAGUGGACGUCGCGGACUGGCGUGCGCACGCGUUGGUCUCAGGAUCCGGGAGGGAGUGGGAGCGACGACUCGGUUGGCUUUGGGCUGCGUUAACCAACUUCACUAAUGAGGAACGUGCGCGUCUGCUACAAUUCACCACGGGCUGCUCGCAGCUGCCACCAAAUGGUUUUCAGGAUCUCAACCCGCGCUUCCAAAUAACAGCGGCGCCGACGUUCGGUGCUUUGCCGACAGCCCACACGUGCUUCAAUCAGCUCUGUUUGCCCGACUACGACUCGUACGAGCAGAUGGUCCACGCUUUAUUGUGGGCCAUCAACGAGGGCGGCGAAGGAUUUGGAAUGAUAUAA